AUGGAUUUUUUUAUAAAAACAACUGGAUUCGAAGUGCAUGACGAUCUUUUGUUUUUUGUGCGCCAGCUGCCCUCUAAUUCAAAAAACUCUCCAACUGCAUUGCCCGACUCGGAUGCUGUGUUGGUGAAGCGUCGUACUGCUGGUGUGAUCCCUGCUCUUGAUGAUGUGGUAGACUGGAAACAGUCUUUUUUUUUAAAUCUCAUUUCUCAGCUGCCCUGCACAUUGACAGUAGCCGUAUGCACUCGUGGAUCUUCACAAGCAGUAUCCACGCCAGAUAUUUCAAGAGAAAUCACUGAUUUGUCAUUACGUGCUUUGGACACCAAACCAACCACUAAUUUGGACAAACAUACUUUACCUGGUGGUUCUAUCCCAACUGAAUCCAAUACUGAAUCAUCUGCUGAUUCGGGAUCCGUGUUAAAUCAAUCUCAGCAUGCUGCAGAUAAAACACCAUCAGCGUCUAUACACGAUGCAAGUAAUGGUUCUAGCCGCUCAUCAACGGCUCUCCCCAACAAUGGUAUUCACACACCUCAUUCAUCUGCUGCUCCUUCUGAGUCGACGUCUGCCUCGAAUGCUGCAGUCUCACAGCCUUCUGAAACAUCUAAUACUCGUACAGGCAACAAGUCACGCAUGGUGGCUCAGCGUAGGAUAACCAAAAAAGUAUUUGCCUCUCCUUACAAAUCUAGAAUGGAUGUCAAGGACGCAGUGAUGAACGAAUGCUCCUUUCCACUCGUGUACUACACGGUAAAUGACUUUGAAUCGCAUGCCCUUCAUUUGCCUAUUUCAGAACGCGAGUAUCUAUGCGUCGAGCUGUCGUUUACCAUUCCUGAUAAUCAAUCCUCUUCUGCAUAUGCUGCCGCUACAGAUAAAGUGGCCAGUAUUUCUUUGGAAGAGGACAGCACACCAUUUCCUGUUCCUCCAAAUCACACCAAGGUGAUCUUGUUUCAAGGUGCAGUACCGUACUCUUCUCUCUUAGACAACUACCAACAAAAAGGUCUUGCUGUUCAAAGCCAGUUCAGGCAAGCAUGGACAAACAUGAACCGUCAUUCUUCUGCUGCAUCAACCAAUCCCAAUACGGGUGAAGUAGAUUUGAAUCGAUCUGCUGGUCGUACCGAAUAUAUUAUGAUGCGUGGUCCAAAUGGAAAGGGACAAUGCCAAGUUGCCAUUACAGACAAUGACAGCUACGUUUCUGCCGAUGUUGUAUCUCAGGAAUCUUCAGCUGUAGAGAAUUCACCGCCAUCAUUCACUGAUCGAUUAAGGUUUUUUGGAAGCGUGGUAAAAAAUCAACUUAUUGGCAAUACUGGAUCUUUGGGUGAUCAUCAUGCUCACAGAUUAUUGAAAAAACCAGAAAGUUUGAGAUGUUCCAUGACUUAUGUCAACGUUCCUUGGCAAUCCAUCUCGAGCGAUCUAUUAGAAUUUGCCAAACAAAAAAAACCAACUGCAACGAAAUAA